AACCUCUGCGCGAGCCUUCGGAACUCUUACUUCACUUGCCUCAGAGCGAGCAGCCUGAGUCGGGUGACGUCAUCCUGGCACACAAGAGUUGGGAGUAGAAAGCAGGGACAAGCUAAGUGGGUGAAGGAAGUGGAGUUCUCCACCCUCCGCCUUCUCUGACACUUCUCAUAAAUAUUACUAAGCUUUCAUCUAACGACUCACAGCAGAAAGUCACCUCUGCUUCGGGUUUGAACAAGCAUUAUUUUACCAGUCGUUGUUUAUCAGUUAAGAAGAGCAUUGUUUUUUGUUGGUUUAGACUAUUUGUGUUCCGUGGCUUCUGGACUCGCUUGGUAGACAGUCCGUCUGUUUUGGUGCGCCGCUUCGGCAGUUUUCUACCCAACUUUGUGCGCCUUGUUGCGCUCUGCGCACCCGAGGAGCCGUUGCCUCUCGCCCGGUGUAGACGGCUCUCUAUCCGGCUAUCGCGCUGCUAUCCACACAGCCAGGACUUUGUGAAACUCAACGUCCAAUACUUGCAGAUACUCCAAAAUCCAUCUUGAUAGCUGGAAUUUUAUAAUCCUUGGAAAAUAUACAGUUGGCCGACUCAGGAGUCAGGACUUUACAUAAAUCUAUUGGUUUCAGCGAAAACUGUAGAUGUAAUGUUUUGAUAUCGUUCAGCUGAUGCUUUUGCACAGACAGAGGAUUUUGAUUCUGAAAAUAGAAAAUAAACGAGUGUCCACGAUGAGCAAACCCGCUGGUUCAACAAGUGGGUGUUUGGAUAUUCUGAAUGUUAAAUCAAGUCGUAUCUUGGAUAUCCCGUGUAAAGUGUGUGGGGACCGUAGCUCUGGGAAACAUUAUGGCGUGUACGCGUGUGACGGCUGCUCUGGCUUCUUCAAGAGGAGCAUCCGCAGAAACAGGACAUACGUCUGUAAAUCAGGUUCUCAGGGAGGAUGCCCCGUGGACAAAACGCACAGAAACCAAUGCCGAGCGUGCCGUUUGAAAAAGUGUCUUGACGUGAACAUGAAUAAAGACGCCGUUCAGCACGAGAGGGGUCCCAGGACUUCCACCAUACGCAAGCAGGUCGCCCUAUAUUUCCGGGGGCACAAAGAGGUGAACGGUUCAUCGACCCACUUCCCGGGCUCGAGCCUACCGGGGCCGCCGUUUUUCACUACGGUCACGCAGUUGGAGCCACAUAACUUGGAAAUGAGCGCCGUAGCCAGCACGCCGGAGAGGCAGGCCAUCGUUGGACUGGCCCAGCCCACCCCAAAGUACCCUCACGAGGUCAGUGGUACGCCCAUGUACCUCUACGAGGUCGCUACGGAGUCCGUGUGUGAGUCAGCUGCGCGUCUGCUCUUCAUGAGCAUCAAGUGGGCCAAGAGCGUUCCCGCCUUCUCCACGCUCCCCUUACCUGACCAGUUGAUCCUGUUGGAGGACGCCUGGAGGGAACUGUUUGUUCUGGGCAUAGCGCAGUGGGCCAUUCCGGUGGACUCCAACACCCUGCUCGCUGUUUCCGGCAUGAACACAGACAACACAGAGUCCCAGCGGUUGAAUAACAUCAUCUCAGAAAUACAAGCCCUGCAGGAGGUCGUUACUCGCUUCAGACAGCUGCGUCUGGACGCAACCGAGUUCGCCUGUUUGAAGUGCAUCGUCACGUUCAAAGCUGCUGUACCAACGCAUGGCGGGUCAGAGUUGAGGAGUUUUCGCAACGCCAGUGCCAUCGCUGCACUACAGGAUGAGGCACAGCUCACCCUAAACAGUUACAUACACACCAGAUAUCCAACUCAGCCCUGCCGCUUUGGGAAGCUGCUCCUGCUUCUACCAGCUCUGCGGUCAGUCAGCCCGUCCACCAUAGAGGAAGUAUUUUUCAAGAAGACCAUCGGGAAUGUGCCCAUCACAAGGCUUCUGUCUGAUAUGUACAAAUCAAGCGAUAUAUGAGUUUAUUUCCCCUGCUUUUGAGUGUCUGCAAAUGCUCAGACACAAAUGUUCUAAUGGGCGCAUGGCAAGUUGAACUUUAAGAACUGAGUAAUUUGUAAAUUACAUGCAUACUGAAGACAGUAAAAAAGCUUGAUUUUACCAAGUAGAACAAUCACCUUUGGGUUAGGCUUAAGUUUUGAGGAUGUAAUUUCCCUAAUAGAAUUGCCUAGCCAAUUUAAGUAGGUUACAAUUUCACAAAAUACUGCAAUCUCUGGUUUUUACAAAAUAACAGUGGAAUGAGCCAUCUGUCCAUAAUUGAUGAACCUAUAAAAACGUGGAGAUGUUUUUGAGUGUCUCUAAGACCAAUGAGCUUCACAACAAAUGCCCUUUCAAUCUUUUAUUGCAUUGUUCAAUCUGAGUGGAUGGAAGAAACCAAAAAAGAUUACUCGCAACUCGAGCCACGGUCAAAUGUGAUAUGGGUUGCACUUGACCCAGUGCUGAAACCAAAGGCCGUGGAGCGUCACAACUGCCGAAGAGGAGGCACCACCUCCUCAAGAUGGGACAACACCGACUGUUCUCUACAAGCUCGUGUGAUGAUCCCAUACACUCAGAGGAUUGAGAGGAAAGAGCCGAUCAGGGCCCAUUUUUUGUAUCUAUCUGGAUUUCGCCUAUCGGAUAGGAUUAAAUGUAUAGAAAUAUAAUUAAUAGAACGGGAGUCCCCAUUCAAGUAUAUGAUUAGUCUGUUCUAUUAAUUAUAUUUCUAUGCAUUUAAUCUUCCCUGAUACGGGAAAACUAUAUACAGUACCAGUCUAAAGUUUGGACACACCUACUCAUUCAAGAUUCUUUCUAUAUUUUUACUAUUUUCUACAUUGUAGAAUAAUAGUGAAGACAUCAAAACUAUGGAAUAACAAAUAUGGAAUCAUGUAAUAACCAAAAAAGUGUUAAACAAAUCAAAAUAUAUUUUAUAUUUGAGAUUCUUCAAAGUAGCCACCCUUUGCCUUGACAGCUUCAGUUGUGUUGUGACAAGGUAGGGAUGGUAUAUAAAAGAUAGCCCUAUUUGGUAAAAGACCAAGUCCAUAUUAUGGCAAGAACAGCUCAAAUAAGCAAAGAGAAACGACAGUCCAUCAAUACUUUAAGACAUAGUCGGUCAAUUUGGAAAAUGUCAAGAAAUUUGAGUCACAAAAAACAUCAAGCGCCAUGAUGAAACUGGCUCUCAUAAGGACUGCCACAGGAAAGGAAGACUCAGAGUUACCUCUGGUGCAGAGGAUAAGUUCACUAGAGUUACCAGCCUCAUAAAUUGCAGCCCAAAUAAAUGCUUCACAGAGUUCAAGUAACAGACACAUCAAAACAUCAACUGUUCAGAGACCGUGAAUUCAUGGUCGAAUUGCUGAAAAGAAACCAUUGCUAACAGACACCAAUAAGAAGAAGAUACUUGCUUGGCCAAGAAACACAAGCAAUGGACCUUAGACUGGUGGAAAUCUGUCCAAAUUUUAGAUUUUUGGUUCCAACCAUGUUCUCCACAUGUGUGGUUCCCACCGUGAAGCAUGGAGGAGGAGGUGUGAUGGUGCUUUGCUGGUGACACUGUCAGUGAUUUAUUUAGAUUGCAAGGCACACUUAACCAGCAUGGCUACCACAGCAUUCUGCAGCAAUACACCACCCAAACUGGUUUACACUUAGUGGGACUAUAAUUCGUUUUUCAUCAGGACAAUGACCCAACACACCUCCAGGCUGUAUAAGAGCUAUUUUACCAAAAAGGAGAGUGAUGGAGUGCUGCAUCAGAUGACCUGGCCUCCACAACUACUCAACCCAAUUGAGAUGGUUUGGGAUGAUUUGGACCGCAGAGUGAAGGAAAAGCAGCUAACAAGUGCUCAGCAUAUGGGGGAACUCUGUCAAGACUGUUGGAAAAGCAUUCCUCAUGAAGCUGGUUGAGAGAAUCCCAAGAGUGUGCAAAGCUGUCAAGGCAAAGGGUGGCUACUUUGAAGGAUAUCAAAUCUAUUUUGAUAAAAAAAAAAAUGGGUUACUACAUUAUUCCAUGUCCUCUAUUAUUCUACAAUUUAGAAAAUAGUAAAUAUAAAGAAAAACCCUUGGAUAAGGUGUGUUGAAACUUGACUGGUACUGUGUGUAUAUAACUGGCCCUGGGGACUUAACAAAAGCUGUUUUAAGCUCUCAAAUUUAGAAAUAAAACAAGUAAUUGUAAUGAGCAGGGUUCUAUGUUCAAGGCUGAGUGAAAUGUCGCCUGUUUGUGUUGGUGUGUCAGUGUGUGGGGAAGAAUUAAAAAUGAUUACUUUGUGAAGUUAGACACUAACACUGGAAAAAAAUAUUCAGCACUUGGAUUUCUGAAUUUUGCUGUUGGAUGUAAAUAUUUUUUCUCUGUUGUACAAAGUGGGAGUAAUAAUUUUGUGAGAGUUGUCCUGAAAUAUAUUAGAAGAAUAAAUGAUAUUGAAUUAUA